ACGGCAUUUAGGUACAAAAGAUAUUCAUUUUCUUUUUCUUCGUCAUUUUUAAAGUUAUCUACGCGACAGCACAACAUCGGCAACUAUUAAUAUCAUCAUUAAUAUCGUAAUUCAUAUUUACCGCCAAUCACAAGCGGCAUUUCGGACAUUUUGUGAACCCCGCGACAGGAAGUGAGUGUUGUAGGUGCUACGCAGGCGCAAAUUGACCUUUCGGUUGAAGAACCCGUCGGUCACAUAUCACUCCUGACCGUAGUCGGAACUCGGCACAUAACAAUAUGGGUGACAUCGAAGACACACAUUUCGAGACCGGGGACUCCGGGGCUUCGGCCACCUUCCCCAUGCAGUGCUCGGCCCUGCGCAAGAACGGUUUCGUCAUGCUGAAGGGUCGCCCGUGCAAGAUCGUCGAGAUGUCCACAUCCAAAACUGGCAAACACGGCCACGCCAAGGUCCACCUGGUCGGCAUUGAUAUCUUCAACGGCAAGAAGUACGAAGAUAUCUGCCCCUCCACCCACAACAUGGAUGUGCCACACGUGAAGCGUGAGGACUACCAGCUGACGGACAUCUCUGACGACGGCUACCUGACCCUGAUGGCUGACAACGGCGACCUGCGCGAGGACCUCAAAAUACCCGACGGCGACCUGGGCACCCAGCUGCGCGCCGACUUCGACAGCGGCAAAGAGUUGUUGUGCACCGUGCUGAAGUCUUGCGGUGAGGAGUGCGUUAUUGCAGUGAAAGCAAACACAGCUCUCGACAAAUAAACCAACUCAGCAUUUAUAGGGUUAUAACAAACUUAUAAUUUUUUUACAAUCAACAUCUUUUACAUAAAUGUAAAACAUAAUAUUAUGUAUAAUUUAACUUAAAAUAUAAUGGUGGGGCGCGGAGGUCGCGGGGUGCCUCUACUCUCGCAAUGUAUUUGAACAUCGACCGCAUCGUGCGUCCCACGAUGUGCUUCAUAUGGAAUUGAAUCUGAGACUUGAUGCAUUGUCUAUGACUUGGGCACGCGGAGGCCGGUCCCUGACUGAGUGUUCCACACGGGACACGCCGCGCCCGCGUGUGGCGCCACACGCGUGGUGUGGAGUGUACAGUAGAGUGCGAGAGAGUAGAGUAGAGAUCGCGGGCGCCGCGUCCGACCUGCCGGAACUUCACGUUUGUUUUUGUUUUGUUUGUUCUCUUUUCGCUUACAACGUCUACUUAACGUUAAAGUUACGUUGCGCUCCGCGUACCGCCGAAAGUUUGUCGAUCGACGUCGAUGUGGGAAAAUUUCCGUGGGGAAUGCUAAUACUGUAUCAUAGUGGUCAAUAUCCGACGAAAAGAUGGACGCAAACUUGAAGUUAUUACCAUAUUUUAAUGCUAAAUUAAUUAAUACAUAUAAAAGUAAAAAACGAAAAAAAUACACAAAAAAAUAGAAAUAAAGAAAAAUUCUUGAAUGUGGUGUGUGAUUGAUUAGGCCUCCGCGGCAGAGCGUCCGCCUGCCGCGCGUGCAACACGUCCCGCAGCCGCCCGAGCGGCGUCAUUCCGUGCGUUCCGCAGUUCGUUUGAAAUCAAUAAAGACUGACUAUGAAGACGUCUCCUGACAGUUUAUCUUCAGCGAAGACUGAUGACGAUGCAUUUGUAGAGGACAAAUAGUUACUUUUUAUAGGUUUUGAAGUCGGCCUUUCCUUGCUCUCUUGUCGCCUUCUCGCCUUCUGCUCGUUCGAACACAUCACCGAGUGGCUUACGAUUGCCUAAUUCAAUGUUGUGUACUGUGUCCCUGUACCGUAGUGCCGCCGCGGCGACUAGCAAGUGUUGCCUUCGAGGGGCUCGAUAGGAUUAAUAUUCACUUGUAUGUUAGUGGACUUAUCAAGUUUUUCAACAUCAGAUUGUCAAAGACGAUGUGAUUAUACGAAAAUUAAUGUAAGAAUGUAAGGUAAGGCCCUAUAGGAGAUGAUAUUUUUUUAUGCAUUCAAAAUUCGUACAUCGCAGGUUGUAGACUAAAAUUUAGGCUGUUUUUUACUCAAUAACGAGUUUAAGUUGACAGGUAAACGGCAGUGUAUAUUUUUUUCGAAAUUGCAUAAUCGUUGUUGUUGGUAAAGUUUUUAUACUUAGCAGCUUGUAAUCAGGUUUUUAUUUUAUAAAAAACCUAAAGUAUAAUGUAAAGACAUCGGGAGGUGUAAAAUAAAUACUUUAGUAAAAAUA